AUGGAUUCUGGCAGCAGCGCAUCCAACCCGACUUCCGCAGAGAAUACAUCUCCCUUGGAAACUCGCACAACUAUGGCGGCAAAUGGAAACAAGCCGGCUAGCGAUGUCACAGAGACGCUAGUUGACGCUGCCUCUACAUCGGAAAUUGAGUGGAAAGGAAAAGCUAGUUCAGUCACGACUACAAGUACAAAACAGCCUCCUCCUACGACGCUGAUGCGCAGUACCACUAGCUCGUCCGAAGAGGCAGUGCCCAGCCAGAACACCGAGCCAGAAGAAGGUGAAGUCCAACAAUGGCCGGUUUGUAACGGCCGGAACAGCGGCCCCACCAUGGCAGUGGCUUCGCGAAUGAUAUCCGCAAAGUCGUUUUGCGACCAGUUCAGGGAGGCCCCGCUGACUCUCGAAGCCCGUACUACACAUGCUUAUCUUAUUACACAUCAGCUGGUUGAUGUCAAGGCCGUUUAA